GUUUUAUUUUAUAUUUUUCUCUCACUCUCUUUCUUUCAAAAACUUUCUAAUAAAAAAUGUGUGAAAACGAAGAGCCAGAUAAUUUGCAACUAAGCAGCAAGAUUCCCGAAGAAAGAUUAACAAAGCAAGAUUCGUCGUCAGAGUCUCCAUCUCGCGGAGCAAAACCAAAGAAGAAACCAAAAUCAAGACGUAGAUUGAACGCUUUGAUGUCUAAUGUCUCAAUCCACUUCUCAGACACUGAUUCCGAGGGUGAGUUAACAAUAAUGAGCUCGCAAAUCCGCAGCUUGAGUCCUUUAAAGCAGCGUCGGCUGCCAAACGGUCCAGUUACGCCUAUAAUAUCAGUGACGCUGGAAAAUGCGGACUCUGAGCCGCAAGAUUUGCAGUGGGACGGUCUAGGAGAGUUUCCUAACGUGGACCGACGCAAUAGCUUCGCGGAAAACCUGACGGAUGUCGAUGAAAUUUAUAUGGGAAGCGAUCAAGAGUCAAGCUGCAAAAAAGUAGAAAAAAAAGGACUCGCUGUGAUGGAAAAUGCUUGUCAAGGUGAAACUGACCUUGAAGAUGUUUCUAAUGAUGAAGAUGACCCUGUUGAGCCUCCGAUCUUGCUACCCAAGGCUUUGGAUAUUCUCCGAGAGUUUGGGGGAGGAACAAUUACUACCAAAGAAGGCGAUGGUCCUUUUUCUAUUGAGGUCAGAAAGCAAAUGUCUAUUGAUGAAGAAUACUUUGAAGAUGAUAAUGGAGGUCAUAGAAAAAUUGAUGACUUGUCGCUGCUGCACGGAGGCACUGACACUGAAGAUAUUGAUGCGUCGGAUGAAGAAGAAGAAAUAGAUGGCGCUUGUGGGCAGAAAGAUGAUAUAGAGGACUUUGAUUUGCUAGCCGGCUCGCAAGUUAUUGUGAAAAAUGUUAACAAGAUGGAGGAUUUGUUGAGUGUUAGAGAUCCCGGUGAUGAUGGCGCUUCUGAUGGGCUUACUGAUGUUGAAGAUUUUGAAUAGAUUUUUAUGAUUUAUUUUUUUGGAUUUUUUUUAACGAUGCA